UUCUGUGUUACACCAAUUGUCCUUGAAACAUGUCCCUCGAUAAAGGAAAUGUUUGACGACACUUCAGAUUUCCCAAGACUGGGUAAACGUUUCUUUACAAAAACCACGACAGCUACGUUGCUGUUCUUUCAGAACCACGCAAGCCCUGCCCCGGAAGCGAGGGCGAAUAAGAUUUACGCCAUUCUUAUUACCAGCACGAGCACCACAAAUUUAGGAGGGUGCAUGACAGCGCCAGUACAAGAAGCACGGAAAAAAAUUAAAAGGCCUUCAUAUUUUAUGGAUUGGAUGAUCAAGCCUAUAAACUUGUUUUGAUUGGAAGAGAGACACAUCAGUUUCCAUGCAAGCCUCUCUAUCUGCUGUUUAGUUUGCCUCGGCUUCUCACGCCCAGCAGUUUCUUAAGCCACACUCCAGUCAAAUAUAAACGCCUGCGAUUGGUGAAGUGCCUUGAUCUAUCAAGCAAGUAGGCGGGUACGUGGCUUGCUGCGGCUUUGCACUGAGAGGCUGAAACUGUACUGUCUCAGUCAGAGCAUCUCUUGAGCGCACAGUAACUGUACUAGGGUAGUGUUGGAGCCGACAGGAGACAGAAAAUAAUUCCAAGAGGAGAAUAUAUAUAUAUAUAUUAAUAGUGGUAAUUUACACACAUCUGGAUAAACUGCAGUUUUCCAAACGGGAAAGAAUCGAGACAAAAACCCACCUCAGUGAUACUAGAAGGAAGAGAGAAGAAUAUGAUUCUCAAGCAGCAUUUACUCCUUACCCUCUACAGCUUCUGUGGGAUUCUUCUAAAAGUGGCUGUUACAAAAAGCAAAGUGAAAGGCAGCCAGGGGAGCUUUCCCAUUACUCAGAAUGUGACAGUUGUUGAAGGAGGAACUGCAAACCUGACCUGCAGGGUAGAUCAUAAUGACAACACCUCCCUCCAGUGGUCAAACCCAGCUCAACAAACUCUUUAUUUUGGUGAUAAAAAAGCGCUGAGGAACAACCGGAUUGAACUGGUUCGAUUUUCAUGGCACGAGCUGAUCAUCAGCAUCACUGAUGUGACUCUGUCAGACGAAGGACAGUACACUUGCUCUGUCUUUACUAUGCCUGUCAAGACCUCCAAGUCCUUCCUCACUGUUCUAGGAGUCCCUGAAAAACCAGAGAUUGCUGGUUUUACGAAACCUGCCUUGGAGAAAGACACAAUCACACUCACCUGCAAUACCUCAGGCAGCAAGCCAGCAGCUGAUAUUCGCUGGUUCAAGAAUGACAAAGAGAUUAAAGGUGUAAAGGAAGUGAAUGCCAGUGGAAAGACCUUCACAGUAAAAAGUAUCCUGGAGCUAAAAGUGGACCGGAAUGAUGAUGGAGUCACAAUCACCUGCAGAGUUGACCAUGAAUCUCAUAGCUCAGCACCACAGCUUGCUACACAGGUUCUUCAAGUUCAUUAUGCUCCUAUUGUGAAGAUCAUACCACCCACAGAAUUGCCACAAGAAGGGCACUAUUUAACAUUGGUCUGUGACUUCAACGGGAAUCCCAUUCCUGAACCAGUUAUAUGGACAAAGGAUGGUGGGGAAUUACCGGAUCCUAACAGAAUGACUGUCAAUGGAAGGGAGCUGACAAUUGCUUUUCUAAAUAAGACUGACAAUGGGACUUACCGGUGUGAAGCCAGCAACAGCAUUGGGCAGGACAGUGCAGAAUACCCACUGUUUGUGUGUGAUUUUCCCACAACUUUGUCUCCAUCCACAACCACCCCUCCCCAAACCACAACAACCACAACCACAGUAUCCAUAGAAACCUCUGCAGCAUCUCCCAGCACCACAGAUCCCAAUGCCUUGGCUGAUCAGGCUGCAACUGACCACGCAGUUAUCGGUGGAGUAGUCGCUGUUGUUGUCUUCAUCACCCUGUGUUUAAUAAUUGUACUUGGUCGAUACCUUGCAAGACAUAAAGGAACAUAUUUAACAAACGAAGCAAAAGGUGCAGAAGAUGCCCCAGAUGCAGACACAGCCAUCAUCAAUGCAGAAGGCAACCAAGCCAAUGCAGAUGAAAAAAAAGAGUAUUUUAUUUAGAUAAGGGCUCCAUUUAUGCUUACUGGAGUGGUUGCUAGUGAAAAACGACAAUUAACAAUGCCCAUACUUCUAUAAUUACUGAUUGUGCCCCGGUAGAAUUUUUUUUUUCUUAUCCUGCACACCACCGUUAAUAGUCGUUUUUUACAAGCAACCAGCUGCUGAAGACAUCGCCUUUUUUAUUUAAAUCUUUUCUGUAUAACAAGAGCCUCUGAGUUAGAUAUAGUCAAUUUACUUACACAGUGCAUACAUAUACAGACAUAUGUUUAACUUUGAUGGGUUAAUUUAUGUUUUAAAUGUAGAUUUUUUUUUUUUUUUUCAGGGAGCAAUAUGUGAUGUUAUAAGCAACAUAUUUAAUGCUGACAGAUUGUAGAUUUGUGAAUUAGACUUCACAUUCAUCUGUCACUUACAAAUGAGUUAAAAACAUUAAUGAAAAAAAAAGCUUGGACGGUUAAGAGAUGAAGGUCCUCAUGUGUCUUUUUCUCUUAGAAACAUUUUUUGUCAACAAACCAGUUUUAAAAAGCCAUGAAACAGACAUGGGCUGUUUUAUUUGACAUAAGGGUUUAUAGAGGUACACAUAUAUGAGAACAAAGUAAAAUAUUUGAUUAGUAAAGUAAGAUAGUAAUAGUUCAAAGAUUGUUAGGAUUAGAGGACAAGCAUUGUUGCUUAAGAUUUUGGGACUUGUCAUCUGAUCAGCAUUUGAAACUAGUUAACUGUAUUAUAGUUUAUAUGAUAGCAUGUUACAUUAAAGCUCCAAGUAGUGUUUAUCAAUUUAAGCUCACAGAAAACCAUGUGUUAAAGGAGAUGUGACUAUUUGGGCACCAAAAAGCACAAUCUACAACGAGCCUUCUAUUAUGAAUUGCAUCUUAAUAACUAUUUACUUUUUAUGUCUGUAUAUUCCAGCACUGUUUAGUUAUAGGUUUUUCUUGUCUUAAUUUGAUAAAAACUGGAAGCACAAAAUUAUAACGAGAAACAGUAUUAAGCUACCAGCCCACAUACUGCCUCAGGAUUAGGCUGUGAAAUGAGAUUUUUUUAAAUUUGCUGUCCUGUUUCAGGCCAGUUAAUAAAUACUGCUGUACACCGAGAAUUGACUAGCAAAAUAUUCCAUAUCCACAUGGAACAAAACAUUUGAAAAACACUUUUUUUUUUCUUUAUAUAAUGAGUGAGCUCCCUUGUUAAUAACGCUGUAUAUUAUGUCUGCUACAUGUGGUUAAUAGUGAAAAUUGAUGUUAGACUUUGAAUCUCUCAAACCCUAAAUUUGUAUAUUAGCCAAUUUAUCUAUUGAAAAUAAUCUAUACAUAUUUUCAAUUUAUCUAUCAUUUGUCAUUGCUCAUAUAUAAAAAUGCAAUUUUUUUCGAAGGCAUGUACAUACUGUGUAGGUACUAAAAUGUAGUAAUACAGAGUCGUUGUUGAUUUGUUUGUUUCAACUGUUCUGCAAAUUCAUUCAAGUCUUAAGCUCUUGUUUUUUUGAAGGAGGGUAUUACCAUAAAGAGCAUUAAUAUCCCCUGGUCAUGCUUGUAAAUGCUGCUGCAUUAGAUCAGGUGGAAAUUAUUAAACCCUGGUCAAGCAGCGUGAUUGGGAUCACUUCCAAAUAGUGGGUGAAACAGAAAUGACAUGUUCUAAAAAUUCCAACGCUGUCAAUACAAAAAGCUAUCUCCAACUGUCAACAUAGAACUUGAUUGCAAUGAAGGCGUUGUCAUACAAGCAACUUCUGUUUACAUCAACAAGUGGGACACUUGUUUCCAGCAUGCUGCCUUUUGUGACUAUGUUGGUCAACAUGCUGUCAACAACGCGAUAACAGUCAGCAACCUGUUUCCCAGUUUAGGACACUGUUCUAUUUUGCUGGCAACACACUCAAUACAAGCCAAUCAUAUCUGAUGUUAAUGUCACAUAGUAAAUUUGCGUUUAUGUUUUUUUUUUUAUAUUCAGAACACAGUGUCAGUAACUCCCAUUAUUCUGAAUAUGAAAGCAUAAUUUGAUGUUAUGAGCAGGUGAGGCUAUUUGAAAUGAAGAUGCAGUUACCCUUCUACCUCACCAUUAGAAUGAAGCACCUGUCUUGUGAUUAAUCCUGGUAAAUAAAACAACUUAAUAAAUCAUGGUACUAAGACAAUGUGACAAAUACUGCAGCUGAUUCUAUAGUAUUAUGUUUUGGUUUUUCUACAUUUUAAUUUAUAUAA